AUGGUGAUGUUUGCAUCCCUGUUGUUUCUCACGCUUUACAUUGGCUUUCUCCAGCCAGUGACAAAUUUUAAUACAUUUAUGGUGGAAGAUCGGCCAGGCGAGCAGUGGAUUACCUUGAGGAGAAAAUUCGGCAAGGAUGAACAUAUUAAAAUCGAGGCAACCAUGAUUGAUGGAGCAAUUACUGUUCCAAAAGCAAAUGAUGAGAAUUUAGGGGAAGAUUUGAGGCUUCACAUAAGUGUGCUUGUUGACAUAUGGAAGGGUGAAGGUAGUGAGUUCUUGGAGUUUGUCUGUUCAUCCUGGCCAAAUUCAUUGGAGAUUCAGAAAGUUUACAUCCUCAGAAGCGAUGGUUCUCGAGCUCAGCCUUACAUGGGGCCCAAUGUUAAGGAUUUGAACAGUGGCUUCCGAGAUGGCCUAAAUGAAUUCCUAAAGGCAAGAGGGAUAAAUGAUGAACUUUCUGCAUUCCUUCAUGAAUUUAUGAUGAAUAAGGAUAGAAUUGAAGCAAUUGGAUGGUUGAGAAAAAUCCAGUCUUUUAUCGAAAGUUAGAGUCACGUCUCGCCCCUCUCAAAUUCUCUGUAAACUUCGUCUGUUGUAACUUAUAUUUUUUGCAUGAGGUUUCUACUCUUCUUCUUACCUCUCUGUUUACCAACACAUCAAUUAGAAAACUGUUGAUGCGUAGAUGUUAAACAACGACAUCAUAAUUUUGUUUCUCAA